GUCUCGAUUUCUCUAUUCUAGUAAACCCAUCUUCCAGCUCCCCCAUGGGAAUAGCGAGUUCAAGACCCCGUGGCCCCCCACCGCCUCCUGGAGAAGACAGUCGGGAGAUCGACGAUUCAGGGGUGGGCCCCAAAAUUCCUCAAGCCUUGGAAAAGAUCCUUCAGCUUAAGGAGAUCCGUCAGGAAGAGCUGACAUCUGUACCCGGCGCCAUAGACGAUGACAUGGAGACAGAGCUGAGGAUGCUGGCUGGCAUCUCUGCCUCCGAUGCUGAAGACGAUGCUUCGGCCCUGUCUAAGAAAGAGGUGAGGGGGAAUUGGGCUGGGUCAGCAGGAACUUGGGAAGGGCUGCAGCUCAAGAGACCGUUCUGCGUUGACAUGUCAGGCCUGGUCCAUCUGCUGCGGAACCUGAGAACAUCCGACUACCUUCGCCUGCCCUGUAGAUUUCCAUGA